ACAUCUUCUCUUACCUCUCCACACAAAAAACACAUUCACACACAUCAGAUCUGACCUAUCAUAUGUCUCAGAGGGCCGCCGUCCCCCACUCUUCUUCCAUAGCCUGUGGCCUCCAUUCCCAUCUUAUGGUCUCUAGUGAUAUCUCCAACUCCAACUGGUCCCAAUAGUCCCAAUUUACUCUCUAAUCCAUUCUUUUCAUUCUAACAUACACUAACCCCAAUUCAUCAAUUUUGCACCACAACAACAACAUCAUGGGUGUUAAGGGUUUUGUAGAAGGAGGCAUAGCUUCAAUCGUUGCAGGCUGUUCAACCCACCCACUCGACCUCAUCAAGGUCCGCAUGCAGCUCCAAGGCGAGUCCAAUCCAACCUCCGUACCUUCCCUCCGACCCGCACUCGCCUUCCAAACCGGAUCCCGAUCCAUCCACGUCUCACCACCUCCGCAAAUCACCCAACCUCCUCGCGUCGGACUCGUAACCGUCGGCGUCAAGCUCGUCCAGCAAGAAGGCCUCGCCGCUCUCUUUUCUGGUGUCUCCGCCACCGUCCUCCGCCAGACACUCUACUCCACCACUCGUAUGGGGCUCUAUGACCUCCUCAAGCAGAAAUGGUCCGUCCCUUCCCCUGUUCCCGGCGGCGCCACCACCAUGCCUCUCUCACGCAAGAUCGAGGCAGGGCUAAUCGCCGGCGGCGUCGGAGCCGCCGUUGGUAACCCAGCUGACGUGGCCAUGGUGAGGAUGCAGGCCGACGGGAGACUCCCUCCAGCUCAGCGGCGCAACUACAAGUCCGUCGUGGACGCCAUAACGAAAAUGGCGAAGCAAGAAGGCGUUGCUUCCCUGUGGCGCGGUUCAUCGCUUACGGUGAACCGCGCGAUGCUUGUUACGGCUUCGCAGCUGGCGUCGUACGACCAGUUCAAGGAAGCGAUUCUUGAAAAAGGUUUGAUGCGCGAUGGUUUAGGGACUCACGUGACGGCGAGUUUUGCGGCGGGGUUCGUUGCAGCUGUUGCUUCGAACCCUGUUGACGUGAUUAAGACUAGGGUAAUGAACAUGAGGGUGGAGCCAGGGGCUGAGCCGCCGUACACUGGGGCUCUUGAUUGUGCUCUGAAGACGGUGCGUGCGGAGGGUCCCAUGGCGCUGUACAAGGGGUUCAUUCCUACGAUAUCGAGGCAGGGUCCUUUCACUGUUGUUCUGUUCGUUACGCUUGAACAGGUUCGCAAGCUCUUCAAGGAUUUCUGAGAAAGACUACCAAGAUGAUCAUCAUCAUUAUGAUAAUGGCGAAAAAAUAAAAUGUUUUGCGUUUUUUGUUUACUUGUCUCUUGCGUUUUCAAGAUUCCUGAUGUUUUGCCUGUGGUUGAGUAAUUUUUAUUAUUAUGAUUUAAUCCAUCAAAUCCAAUAUUUCUGGAA